AUGGUGACAUUAACAAAUGAAUAUGAAAGUGAUUCAUUUGUUUCUGAAAUGUCAUUUAAUGAAGAUAAAAAUCCAGUUGAAAAUCUUCGUCGAACAUUAGAUAUUCAAGGAGAUAAAUUAAAUCAAAUUUCAUCAAAUAAUAGAGAAUUAAUUAAUGUUCAAAGUCAAUUAGCACGAUUAAGAUCUGAAUUAGAAAAAAGUGAAAUGUUAAGACAAACAUUAGAAUAUGAAUUAACACUUCUUCGAACACAACAUGGAAAACAAACAGCAUUUACACAUCAUUUACAAAAUCAAUUUAAUCAAGCCAAUGAUCAAAUAAAACAACUUCAAUUACAAGUAGAAACUCAUAAUCAAUAUAAAGAGAACGAAUUGAAAGGAAAAGAUAAAAAAAUUCUCGAACUUGAAAAUGAAACUGAAACAUUACAUGAACGAGAAAGACGAAUCGAAGCAUUAAAUGAACAAAUUCAAAAAAUGGAAAAAACAUUUACUGAUUCGGAAACAUUAUCAAGAAAAAAUUUAGCUCAAUCAAUUUUAGCGAAAGAACGAGAAAC